CCUGGUGCCAGACCGAUGACGCGGAGCUCAGGCGGAGGUCGUGGCGGCUGCUGGGACCAGUAGGGCGCCAACCUCUCUCGCGGUCACACGCCCUCGGUGCCACCACGCCGCGGCCCUUUGAUCCUAACAGAUCGGUCACGUACGUGGCUCGUGUCGAGUGAUGGUACAUCUUCGGAUCCCUUUUCAAAGGACUUGCAGUAGUACCUCGAUACACGCAAUUCCAUUCUUGCAUUAGCAUUAGCAGACGCCAGGAAUGAGCGAUGAUACCCUCCGACCAAGGAAUUCCAUAGACUUGGCGCACUGAUUUAUAAACUUGGACAGUCUUCGCUGUGUGCUGACUCUGUGGGAAAAGAGAUGUCAUCAGACGCGGACACGUUGCGUGGAAGCAGGUGCUAGGAGGCGAAUCGAGUCCCGCACCUGUUGAUGGUCCCAACUCGACGUUCAUGAGUCUCCACGCGUCUUGAAUCAGCUGCGUCGAGCCCAGCAAGGGGGGAGAAUCAUGGCGGAGAAACACGGAUUCUCGGCCGCCUCCUUCCUUCUCUCUCUCGCUCUUUGUUCCGCUCCUGCCGCGUGCGCCAUGCUCAGCCCUGUCCUCGGCGACGGAUCGUGCGAGCUAGGGUGGUUUCACUGCGGCGAGAACGGCACGGUGUGCGUGGAGCAGAGAUUCGUCUGCGAUAAAAAGGAUGACUGCCCUGCCGGCGACGACGAGCUGGGCUGCGUGGACGAGGAGGGCGACAGCCACCUCACCAAGAAGAUUCUCAACAGACCCGUCUACCCGUGGGAGCACCGCCACAACUGCAGCUUGACUCGCUACCCCGCAGAAUGCACGUGUCGGAAGCUGACGAGGAUCCAUUGCGUCAACAAAGAGCUCACUUCAGUCCCCCAGAGUAUCGCCGAAGCCGUCACCGCCCUGAUCUUCACCAACAACAGCAUUGACCUCCUCCAUGGCUCUUUUAGCAUCUACCCAGAUGUUCGGCUUCUCCACCUGGACAACAACGGAAUCGGACACAUCCCGGAUGGUGCCUUCCUGGGCCUGGCACUGCUCAGCGACCUGUCUCUCGCGAACAACUCCCUGUCCGAGCUGCGACCUGGGGCUCUGGCGGGAUUAUCCUCGCUCUCCAAUCUGGACGUGUCGUGCAACCAACUCCGACACUUCGACGACAUUCUCGCACACUUGCCCAAGCUCCUGAACCUGUGGUUCAACUUUAACUUGGUGACUCUACAGAAACGGAAAGUCCACCACGAAAGAUACCGUCUGCAAGAACUGUUCUUAGAGAACAAUCAAGUAGAUGUGCUGUCCGAAGAUUCUUUACUCGGACUCGCAGAGCUCACGUCGCUGUACCUGCGCCACAACAGGAUCCGCGAGAUCAGGGCGGGCGCCUUCAGGGACCAGACUCUGCUCGUGGACCUGGAACUCAACUACAACAAGAUCAGACACCUAGACGCCGAGAGCUUCAAAGGGUUGGAUUCCUUGAAAAUCCUCCAUCUGGAAGGAAACCCGCUGGUGGUCGUUCCCGCGACGACGCUACAGCUCUUGCCGAACCUCGCUUCCCUGUACAUGAGGAAUAUUGAGUUGAACAUGGAUCUUCUGCUAAACAUCUCCCAGGACCUCACCUACGGCAUCAACACGCCCAAUAUCUCCCACGUGUAUUUCGAACGGUUUCGGUACUGCAGUUAUCUUCCGCAUGUUCCAGACUGCAGACCUAAGACAGACGGAGUCUCUUCGUUCGAGCACCUCCUGGUCCGCGUGGAGCUGCGCGUGGCGGUGUGGCUGGUGGCGCUGAUGACGCUGGUAGGCAACAUGACAGUCCUCGGCGGCAGAGCCUUUACCAGGGACGACAACAAGAUCCUCUCCCUCUUCAUACGGAACCUGGCAGUUGCAGAUCUUCUGACGGGCGUGUAUCUGUUCGUCGUGGCGGUGAAAGAUGCCCAGUUUCGAUCCGAAUACCACGAGUACGCCUACUACUGGAUGACGUCAUGGCACUGCACUAUCACCGGGGUUCUUUCUAUGACGUCUUCUGAGGUGUCUGUCCUGAUCCUAACCUUCAUGAGCGUGGAGCGGUGGCUGUGCAUCACGUGGCCGCUGGGAGCCCCAAAGCUCUCCCUCGGAACCGCUAAAGUCGUGCUUGUGGCCAUUUGGUCUGUGGGCCUUCUGCUUGCUCUCGUGCCCGUGUUUUGGUACACAAGCAAGCAGGGUUUCUACGGCACGAACGGCCUGUGCUUUCCGCUCCACCUGGACGACCCCUGGGUGCCUGGCUGGGUCUACUCCGCCUUCAUCUUCGUUGGCAUUAACCAGAUUGGGGUGGUAAUGAUCCUCAUGUCAUACACUGGGAUGUUCUACAGCAUCCGCAUCACGCGCGCGAACACGCCGCUGUCCCUCGGGGAUCGCGAGUUCGCGCUCCGCUUCUUCUUCAUCGUGUUCACCGAUUGCGUGUGCUGGACGCCAAUCAUCAUCCUGCGCAUCCUGGCGCUGGCGGGAUGCUCCAUCCAGCCGGACCUUUACGCGUACGUGGUGGUGGUGCUGCUGCCCAUCAACUCCGCUCUGAAUCCGUUCCUCUACACCUUCACCACCUCCAAGUUCCGCUCGAGGGCGCGCCGCUUCCUCUCGUCGCAGGGAAUCUGCCACUGGCGCCACCGCCGCGACUCAGGUAACCCUUGUAAUUCAGAGGUGACCCGGACCUCGUUCUUCAGGAGCGCUACCUACAAGUGGACUAACGGACGCGACGUCGUGCAGGUGUACAAUGGCACUCACGCCCUUGAGGAAACGACACUCGCCGAUCUCUCCAAGGGCGUCGUGGUGGCCAGGGAGGAGAGCAUUAAGGCGGAGACCAAGGAAUAAAUACACACACACACACACACAGAGAGUGAGGGAGAGAGAG